AUGACUUCUUUCUUCACUAAUGGCAUGAUCCGAAUGCGACUGGUCGUCUCUUUUCUUACAAUCAUCUGGCUGGGACUUGCCACUCUCAGCUCAGCUUCUGCACAUCUCGCGGACGUCCUGCGAAACCGUGCAAAGCCUGACCUCGUCAACGCCAACAAUUUUAUGCUAGACAUCACAUUCCAGAAGCUCAUGAGCAACAUUGUCGUUAGCAUGGUUAUCACGGCCCUCAUCUCAGCAGUGCUUUCCAUUUUCGGUAUACUUCUUUUGGUUCACCCAAGAUGGCUGCGAGAGGAUUGCAAGGCUCGAAUCUGCUAUGGCUGCAUGACAUUCCUCCUGAGCUUACCUGUUAUCUCCUUAGGAGGUUAUGCUGCCGGCCGCAUUAACGGCCUUCGAUCCUCAUUUGAGUUUAUUGGCAGAGAUGGUUUGUUUCAAUACUACAUCGUCAUGUACUAUGGAGCUGUUGGCCAGGCCGCCUUUGGAUCUGUGCUAUUCAUCUUGAUUCUGAUACAUUUUGUUGCAUCUGGAUAA